AUGAAGUUUUCUCAAGUCCUCUUUGUUGCUGUGUCCAUGGCGCCAGCUGUUCUCGGCGGUUGCUACAAGAGCGGUGACUCCGGCCACUACGGGGCUGGACUUGGGGAGAACGGUGUCCUCGAGUCGCAAUGUGGGCAGCUCGCUGGUACCUAUGAGAAAGACGAAGAUAGCCAUGGAUGUGGCACGGACUCUUUCAACACGAAGUGGCAAUUCUACGUCAAGAACAAAAACGGUAAGAAGGCAACACUCGACUAUGACAAUUGCUUGUCAUACAUGAAGAAAGAGUCUGGUGCCUGCGAGCAUGGGGGAGAGAACACGCACGAUGGCUGGUUCGUUGUGGCUGAUCCAAACGCGGGGACCUGCAUCCCUUCGAACAACAACAAAGCUCGUCGAGCUGUCGCCCAGGAGUGGUCUGGCUAG